AUGGAUGAUCGAAGCGAUGAGUUGACAGCAUGGAAGCACGGUACAGGGAAACACGCGUCUGACUUGUCAGCUGAGGACACAACUACGGCAUUGAAGUAUUGGUACAUCUGCGAGCUCCUCUACAUCGUUUCAACGUGUCUUCUAAAAAUCAGUGUCGGCUUCCUCCUUCUUCGCAUUACCAUCGAGCGUAUACACAUCCACAUCCUCCGGAUUCUAAUGCUCGGCACGGUCCUCUUUGGCGGCACAUAUUUCUUCAUGGUCAUGUUCCAAUGCCGACCUGUCAAUACCUUCUGGGAUGAAAACCCUCGCACGCCUGGGAAAUGCUGGAACGACCGUGUUGUCCUCAUUAUGACCUAUACAGCAGCUGCAAUAAACUGCCUAGCAGACUGGGCUUUUGGCACAUUGCCAGUCUUUAUUGUUUGGUCAUUAAAUUUGCCGAUCAAAUCCAAGAUACUGGUUAUGUUCAUCUUGGGAUUUGCAGCUAUUGGCAGCACUGCCACUAUCGUACGAAUCUUUUACUUGCACCAUCUCACCGACAAAGGCGACUUUCUGUGGUCGACGACUGAUAUUGCUAUUUGGAGUACUGUCGAGCCUGGAAUCGGAAUCAUGGCUGCUUCAAUCGCAACGCUGCGGCCUCUUUGGCAACUUAUCUGUUACAGGACAGGUCUGUCAUCGGAAGCCCCGGCAAAUCUUCGAUGGCGCGAACGAAAUCGUGGAAGGAGGACAUAUAUUCGGUCAGAAGGAUCUGGUCCAAAACGCACACCUCGACUGCGGCCAGACAUCGACACAAGCUUGACCAAUAUUACGAUAGAAGGAAGUGACACAAUGUCGCCGAAAGACCAUUUCUCUCCGAGGCUCAGUGCCCUAUCAUCUCAGGCAGGAAUCACGAAGACGACAGAAUUUGUUGCCUUUGGUACCACCCAGCCUCUGCCGCCUCUAUCAGUAGAGCGAGACGCAAUUGCGUCAUCGAACCCACAAACCUCAAGGCAUCCGUUCCAAGAAAACGGGACAGGUCUAACCUCACCUUUACCGACCCUUGAUUGGAGCUCUCCGCGUGUAUCAACCUUGACGAUGGGAUGGCCACAGAGCUCGAGGCCGAGCACAGAAGGCUGA